AUGGCCGACCGAAGCGAUGGAAGCGGUGUCCCCACCCAGCGUCGUGUUCGAACCGGCUGUCUUACCUGUCGAAAGCGACGACGAAAAUGCGACGAAGGCAAGCCGACGUGUAAGAAUUGUGUUGACAAGAGCCUUUCCUGCCGUUAUGGCUUGAACAUCACCUUUGUUGAUGGCACACCUAACGAAAGUACCGCGACAUCGCACAAGACGGCACGACAGACAACAACCCGCUCGGUAAAAGCAACUUGGAUUAAUGGGCCUACACGUGAGGACUCCAGACCGUUGGUUCUCUCAAAUGAUCCGGUGACUACAUUGUGGUCGGGGCCAGACAUUUUCCCGAUUGGAAGCGUGUCGCGAGAACAAUUUACCGAGACAUCUGAUCGCUCGAACUUACUUGCAGGAUCGCCGGUCCUUCACGAUUUUGAUCAGGGAGAUACGCCAUCAGCCUUUUCCCAUCAGCUACCCGCGCUUCUUGACACAAGCCCGGCUUUACGAUCGGGUCAAGGCGAUGUCGCUGAGUUGGAUCUAUUGACAUUCUAUCGCUAUGAAAUUGCCGCCCGACUCGACUUGGGAGUCGGGCGUCUCUACUUCGGCGUACACGUACUCACGCGAGCCUUGUCAGAAGUGUCUCUCUAUCAAAGUAUCCUUGCACUUGCUAGAGCCUAUGCAGGGAACAAGAGUCCACUUGGAAAAGGUACCGGCGAGGAGGAUGAUGCCGCGCAAGCGAAUAGAGCUGCCCUCGUCGCCGACCCUGAAGACAGCGCCGCAAUCUUUACAAUCCUGACGUUAAGAAAGUUGCACGACGCACCUCCUUGUGUAUGGCACGAAUGUAUGACAAAUGCUUUGGAGACUACCCAUAUCUCGCUCGAUCAGUGCGUCGACGAGCAAUGGCAGCUGCUCGCACGACUCGCUUUGGCGGCGAGUUUGACAGCCCCUUCAGCAAGCCAGAGUAUUCGUCUGUCCUUCAUCCUGCAACGAGCGACGCCUAUCAUUCCUGACCAAGUUUUGACGCAACAUCAGCAACUGCAACAGGCUCUUGUCAACCUCGCUCGGGCAUUGGUCAUUACCCGAAGGGACACUGGCGCGCGACUGUCCGCUGGCCGACUUCCACUCAUUUCUUCGUGGCAAUCAUGCUGGAGCGACAAUCAGCUCUGGUACUCUGCUCGGCGCGAGGACAUGAAACAAAUACUCGAAGUUGGCGAAUUCGAUCCUCGACUAUCAGUCGCUAAUAACACCCAAGUGCCCUUCCCAAUCCUCGCCUUUAGCAACCUAUGUUCUCUUGUAGGCAAUCUCACCCACCAUCUCACGGCUUUGCUUCUGCUGCAAUUUAAGCCGCGCGCAAUCAGGGCUCUUCCGGAGCAGGGAUCAUCAACAUCGCCGAUAUGGCAUGCUCAGAGAAUGAUUGGGAUGGUGGUCUCUGUCCACGAACGCGAUGUCUUUGAUCCUCUUGUAAUCGCUGGACUCGUAUAUGCGGCCAGGAGAUUGAGUCAUCCAUCCCAAACCACGGUCGUGGUGAACAUAUUGAAGAAGGUCAUGGAGAGAACUGGGAUGCAGCUACAAGGAGAAGUUGAGAAGCUGGACACUGGCCAAGCAAACUCCUUUGGUUAA